UCACUGUGAAAUUGCCAAAGAAAAUCAGACUCUUCUCUCCAUAAUCCCCAUACAAAGUGUUCCUCUCUCUCUAUUCUGUCUCUUUGAAAACACCAUAAAAAUCCUUUCUUGUAUCACAUUUUUUCUUCUUCUUUGGCCUCUACAACGGCAAAUUUAAUUUGGGUACCUUUCAUUUCCCAUGUUCUUUCUAGGGUUUUAAGUUUUUCCCCCUUUCUGGGUCACUUCAAAUUCUUCUUCAAGUUCCAAUUUUCAUCGUCUGGGUAUUCUUAGAUCUCCCUUUUAAACUCUGGGUUUCUUUUAUUUUUCUCAAAGUUUCAAUGUCACAAGGCUUUUCAAUUGAGCUUUACUUUGAUCCAGCUCUUGAAAACCAAGUCUUGAAAGCUUGGAAUGUUUUGGCUCGUCGCCAAAUCAGCACUCAGUUAAUUGAAAUUGAGUCAAGGCCUCACAUUACUCUCUUUUCAAGCCCCUUUCUUGAUCCUGCCAAGCUUGAAUCUGCUGUAAAGUUCUUUGCUUCAAAGCAAGAACCUUUAGCUCUAUCUUUUUCUUCAAUUGGGACUUUCCCAAAUGAAAAAAAUGUUCUUUUUCUUGCACCAGCUCCAACAAUGGCCCUCCUUCAGUUCCAGGCUCAGUUAUGUGAGGCAGUUAAAAAAGAAGGGAUUGAAAUUGGAGAAGAGUUUAAAGCUGACGCUUGGAUUCCUUAUUGUGCUGUAGCUCAGGAAGUGCCAAAAACAAGAAUGGCUGAGGCUUUUUGUGUGUUGAGAGAGUUGAAGAUGCCUGUUUCUGGAUACGCAAUGGAUAUUGGACUGGUGGAGUUUUCACCUGUUCGCGAACAUUUCUCAUUUGGUCUUGGGAAUUCAGUAGAGGCAUGAGAUUUGGAGGGGUCAUUAUGACAGUGUCAAUUGUCUAUCCUAUCUUUUCCCUGCCUGCAUUAUUUGUUGAGAGCAUGUUUAGCACUACAUAACCCGAUUCUAUAUUGAAUGGAAAUAAAAAGUGGGAUUGGCUCAAACCUUUUAUCUUCGCCUAGAUGUCUUGAUAAUUUGAAUUGUGGAACAUGUAAAGAAUCCCAUUAAUGUAAGGGGUUUUCAGUUGUUAUUGUUGCAUCUAAUCUCUUGUAUGUUAGUUUGACUUCUUACAUUGAUGAGGAUAUGUUUUACCAUGGCAUGACCAGAUGCUAUAUUGGAUGGGGAGGAAAUAUAUUGGAUUGGUUCAAACAUUUUAUUAAUCUGUCAUUUUGGUUUGAAUGUCUGGAAACAAGUAAUUGUAUAUAUAUUGAGUUCACCGUA